ACCAUUGCUAUCAAAGCAAGGGCUCCAAUUUGAAGGUUUAACCACCUAGGAGUUGAUCGGGGAUGGCUCAAUUUCAAGCUUCUCAACCACUUGAAGGUUUGUCUACCACCAAGUCUCCUUUCUUUGAUGGUACUGAUUAUAAUUAUUGGAAGAAUAGGAUGAAGGUCUUCAUGCUUGCAAAUGUGCCUAAGGCAUGGAUUGUGGCUAGGAAAGGUCCAUAUGUGCCUAUGAAAGUAGUUGGGGAAAGUGAGGUUCCAAAGGAAGAAGUUGAAUGGAAUGAUGAAGACUUGGUGAACAUCAUGAUCAACAACAAAACAAUCAACAUGCUUCAAUAUGCUCUCAAUCCAACGGAAUUCCAUAGAGUUUUUGGGUGUGAUACAGCUAAGGAGGUGUGGGACAUUUUGGAGGAGAGCAUUCAAGAUAUGUAUACAAGAUUGAAUGAUAUAGUCACCAAUCUUAAGGCUCUUGGUAAAGUUUAUCCUUCUCAAGAAGUGGUGAAGAAGGUUCUCAGAAGUUUGCCCAAGAAUUGGGAAACCAAGAAGACCACAAUUGAAAAAUCUAAGGAUCUCAACACUCUUAAGCUUGAAGAUCUCAUUGGAAAAUUGAUGACAUAUGAAAUAGAAGUUCAAGUUGAUUGUGGAGUUGAAGUAGUUGAGAAGAAGAAGAAGAAGAAUGUUGCUUUCAAAGCUAGCAACCAAAAGGAAGAGAGUGAAGAUAAUGCUAGUAAUGAUGAGUCUAACAAUGAGGUAGACACCACCAAAUUGGUUUCAAAGGAAGUGAAGAAAUACAUGAAGAAGAGCCUCAAAGGGACAUCCUCUAAAAGAAACAAGGAAAUUCACUAUUUUAGAGGAAGAAUUUGUAGUGAUGAUGAUGAUAGAGGAAAGCCAAGCAAGAAGCAUAUCAAAUGCUAUGAGUGCAACAAGAUGGGGCAUUAUAGAAAUGAAUGCCCUCAAUUGAAGAAGGGUGAAGGGAAAAACAAGAAAAGCAUGAAGAAGAAAGCUUUUGCCGCCACUUGAAGUGAUGAUGAGGCUAGCUCAACGGAAAGUAAAAGCUCCUUAGAGAAUGGUGUUGCUAAUCUUUGCUUCAUGGCUCAAGAGGAUAGCAACAAUGAUGAGGAGGUAAACUCUAACUUCUCUAGUUCAAUUAAUGAAAGUUCAUUUGAGUA